AUGUCCUUUGAAUCGGACUCUCUUCAACUUGUCAAACUGAUUAACGAUGCAGAAGAGUGGCCUGCUAUGGCUACAGAAUGGAAUGAAUUCAUUGAUCUAUCAUCAUCUUCUACAUUUUCAACAAAAGCACAUAUACCUAAUCUAAAACCUACACCGCAAGGAAGCACAACAACAGAUCAUCGACACCAACGCCUUAUAACUUGCAAGACGGAUGCGGCAUGGAACAAGGAUCAUCGGCUAGCAGGAGUAGCCUGGGUCUUUACCGGCGCACACUUGGAGGCUCCAAUUGAAGGAACAGCAAUUGAGAAGUUCGUCGGAUCUCCACUCGUCGCAGAGGCUAUGGCGCUCAGAUCAGCCUUAUGCAUGGCUCAAACCCUGGAGGUCUCGUCUCUCAACGUCUUCUCCGACAACAGAACGCUCAUUAGAGCAAUCACCGGCAACACCCAGUCAAAAGAGAUCAUCGAUAUAGUGAAAGACAUCCGAUUGAUCUCCUCUGAAUUUGCAACUAUUUCUUUCUCGCACUUUCGUCGAUCUGAAAACUCUUUAGCAGACAGUUUAGCAAAGUAG